AUGAAUCAUUUUAAGGUUAUUGGAUUAAAUGAAAUGAUUCAAAAGGUUGGAUUAUUGCCCGUUGAAAUAAUUUAUAAAUUGAUUUAUCAAUUAACUUUAAGUAAUAUUCAGAUUUAAGAAUAGCUUUGAUUACAAUCUAUUAAGAAUAAAAUUUUAUUGAAAACAUGACUUUAAAUGAUUUAUAUGUAAAUGAACCAUAAGACAAUAAAAUAUUAGAUAUUUUUAUUAAGUCAAGCCUGAUAAAAAAAGGAGAAAAAAAUAAUUAAGAGAUUAUUCUCAAUCAAUUGAAAAAUAUAUGUAUUUAUAAAAAUUAAUUGAAGUAAUUAGAAUCGGCUUUCAGUCGAUAGAUGUCAAAAGCUUCUAGAAUUUUGAAGCCAUACUAAAAUAUAUUUUAGAUAAUUUAAAAAUAAAUUUAAAUGAUUUUAGUUGGAGAUAAAAAAUGCUAGAAAUUAUUUACGGACUUAAAAUUACUUAUUGUAAGGAGUAUAAUAAUAAUAUAACUUGGAUAUUUCAUGCUGAAACCCCUUAUUAUCUUGAUAUAUCAUCAGAGAAAAUUCUUGUAAAAUGGAUUCAUGUAAAUGAUUAAAAUAAGAGAUUUGCAGAAAUUAUUAAUUAUAAAGAACUAAAAAAUAUAUAACAGACAUUUAAUUCAGCCUAACUUUAUUGUUACAAUUUAGAUAUAUAAAAUUCUACUCUCAUGUUCUUAAAAAAAUACAGCUUAACUUUGAAAGAAUAUUGUACAGAAUUUAAAGAUAUUAUUAUAAAUAUUGAGAAUAAAAGGAGAAUAUGUUGCAAAUUGGCAAUUGAAUUGCAAAAAUUACAUGAUGAAAAUAAAAUUCAUAGAGAUUUAAAACCAGAAAAUAUCAUGGUAAUUCAUAAAAACUCUGAGAUUACAAAAGAAAAUUUAAAUGAAAUAAAUUAACUUGAAUGGUCAAUAAUAGAUUUCGAAUCAAAUAUAGAAAAAGGUUAAAAAGAUGAUUUUAAAGGGACUCCAUACUAUUAACCACCAGAAAAUAUGAAUGGGAAACCUUUUGAUGAAAGCUAUGAUAUAUGGUAGUUGGGAAUGUGUUUCUAUUUCCUAAUGACACAAGAAGAUCCUAAUUUCAUCAAAAAAAAAACAAAGGAAAAAUAUGAAAAACAUUUAAAAAAAAUGCUGAACAAACUAACAGAUAGUGUUUUAAUGCAUGAUAUAAUCUCUGAUAUGGCAAAAUAUGAUUCGAAUUUGAGGCCUGCUACCAGAGAGGUUAUAAAUAAAUUAAAAAGUGCAGACUUUUAUUGA